AAAAUGUCAGAAAAAAAGCAAAAUGGCAUCAACCGGUGGUUCCGGCGCGUCCGCAGCCCAGUACGACGUGUUCCUGAGCUUCAGAGGGCCCGACACUCGCAACAACUUCACCGACUUCCUCUACCGGUCCAUGGUCGGCCAGGGGAUCUUUGCCUACAGAGACAGCGAAGAGCUCCACGCCGGUGACCGGAUCGACGAUCUCCUCAGAGCAGUCGACAACUCCAAGAUCUGCAUACCGGUCUUCUCCAGAGGCUACGCUUCGAGCCCUUGGUGCCUCCGUGAGCUCGCUCGUAUGAUGGAGCUCUAUGAAUCGACCAGGAAGCCGGAGAUCCUACCCAUCUUCUUUGACGUCUCAGCCUCUGACGUCAAGCUCAAGACGGAACUGUACGUGAAGGACUUGGACAAGUACGAGCAGAGGGCCGGAGGCGACAGCAAGGAACAGUGGGAGGCGGCUCUGAGAAAAGUGGGUCAGAUCGGGGGAUGGGAAGUCCAAGGGAAACCGUAAGUAAAUGCUUGUAACUUUUUUCAAGCUUCAGUCGAUAUGCUAUUCUCUUUGUGUUCUUUUGAGUAGGAGUGAAAACAAGCUAGUGGCUCGAAAUUAGAUAUGAAGUAUGUUGGUCGCUGCGUCAUAUACAAACCGGUUUUUUGGUACAUGAGCAGUAAAUUUCAUCAGGGGAA